AUGGCUGAAGAACAUGCUGACUGGUCUUCCAACUCCAAUGAUGCCAUCCACAUCUCUCUCGUUGCUCCUGCGGAGGGAGGAACCAAGGCAAUCCACACCUUCAACCCCAAGUUCACCUAUCCAAUCUUUGGCGACGAGGAGCGAAUCUUUGGUUACCAAGGAUUGAAGAUCAACCUGAGGUACAAUGCCUGUGAUAUGCGACCUGGUCUCCAAAUUUCAUACACCAAGAAGUUCAAGACGGUUGGAGAGACGAGUCCUACAGAUCUGAAGGCUGUUCUGGAACCAUUUCUGCCAAAGACUGCCUUUGAGAAGUCCGCUGUCUUUGAUGCAGCAAUAUUAGAUUCCAGCUAUGCAGACUGGACGCCACCAGGAGAGCUGUGGAAGACCAUUCAAUCCGGAGAUCAAACCUACGAAAUAUGGAAGGGUAGCCUCGCAGAUCUCGCGGUCAAGCAAAUGGUCAAGCGGAUACAAAUACUGGUCCCCUUUUUCAUCGAAGGUGGCACCUUUGUCGACCUCCAAGAUCCAGCCCUCGACCGAUGGACCGUCUUCUUCCUCUACCAAAAGAAGACAGUCGAAGCCUCGAAAUCAACCUACCUCUUCAUGGGCUACUCAACCAUCUACCGCUACUUUUACUACCAACCCCUAACCGCAACCCCUUCAAAACAACGCAUCUCCCACCCCGCGACCCUCGACUUCAGCCUCCCUCUCCCGGCUCCAACACAACCCACCUUCUCCAGCCGUUCCCGGAUCUCUCAAUUCGUGAUCCUGCCCCCUUUCCAAGGCGGCGGCAACGGUUCCCGCUUCUACAAUGCAAUCUUCGACUACUACCUCCACGACCCGCUUACAAUCGAAAUCACAGUCGAAGAUCCAAACGAGCAAUUCGAUGACCUACGGGACCUUAACGACUUGACGCUCCUCCGCACUCUGCCAGAAUUCAAUGCACUUCAUAUCAACACCUCUUCCGUCCCCCGCCCCAAAUCCCCUAUCCCACGAGAUAUUGUCGACUCCGUAGCCCUCGAAACCCUCCGCAGGAAGAUGAAAAUCGCACCCCGGCAAUUCUACCGCGUCGUAGAAAUGCACCUCCUGACCAAAAUCCCCACCACAGUUAGGCAAAGUCUAUUACUGGAGCAAGAGCGAAAAGUGGAGAAGGAUGCGGGACUGGCGGGGAAGAAGAAGGAAUAUCGACUUUGGCAGCUUUGGGUGAAGAAGCGGCUGUAUAAACAUAAUAAAGAUAUGCUUAUUCAGUUGGAUCGGGUGGAGAGGAUUGAGAAGUUGGAGCAGGCGCUGGGUGGUGUGGAGGCGGAUUAUGCGCGGUUGUUGAGGGCUGCUGAGACGAGGGGGAAACCGAGGGUUGAGGGAAAUGGGGAGGGUACGAGUGGAAGUGGUGAGGGGAAGAGUGAGAAGAACGGGAAGAGGAGUAGUCCUGAUGAUGAAAUGGAGGGUGUUGAGACACCGGCUGCGAAGAAGGUUAAGUUUGUCGAGUGA